AUGCCGUGGCUGCUGUUCCUGAGCCUCCCAGGACUGGGGGGCUCCGUGCCCCUCACCGUCAACUCAGGGAGGCAGCAGGGUGGCCCCGUGGAGGCGCACAAUGCCCCUGCGAGGAGAUGGCCUUGGCAGGUCAGCGUCCGAAGGUACAAUAAGGAGCUGGAGCUGUGGCAGCACCUCUGUGGGGGCUCCCUCAUCCACCACCAGUGGGUGCUGACCGCCGCCCACUGCACCCAGCGGGAGGACUGGGAGGCCUAUGUCCUCAGGGUUCAAGUUGGGCAGCUGAGACUCUAUGACCAUGACACACUGACAAAUGUGACCAAGAUCGUCCACCACCCCAAGUUCAACCAGAGCCUGUCUGCAGAGGGGGGCGGGGACGUGGCCCUGCUGAAACUGGAGGCCCCUUUCCUCUUCUAUGCAUUUACCUGA